AUGUUGCGUUGUGAAAAAUGGGGAAAAAUUCAAAGACCUUCAACUGCGAGUUUUUUCAGAAGUCCAAGGUUGCUGUAUCAGAACUUGCAGGCAUAUCACAACAGUCGGGGAUCGACCGCAUCGAAAUUUAAGCCUUCGCAAUUGCUUGCCGAGCUUGAGGCUGAUGACGAUGAAGGACCCAACAUUUCUAAGCAACGUUCGCCUACGCUAUCAUCAGAUGACGACAUCUUAGAAAAAGUAAGAAUUCGGAAGAGAAAGUUAUUUACUGCUCCCCUUGACGAAAAACUCGGAUAAUGAGUCGGCUAGUCACCCGAAACCGCCAACGUUGCCUACGGGAAGUAAUGAAAACGAAGAAGUUCCAUUCAUUGUUGGUUCUAGCUUAUACACAAUGUCAAUACAAAUGCUUGUAGCCAAGGCUGUAUUACAGGAUCCAGACUAAUACGCACGGAUUCUGCCCAACAAUGUCAACGGGGCUAAAAACGUCAAGCAAAAUCCUACAGACAAAGGCAUGAAACCAUUCCUAACCGUGACUAUUACAUCAGACAGUCGGGGAUCGAACCCACUGAAGGACCCAACACUUCUAAGCAAUGUUGGCCUACCCUAUUAUCACAUGACGACAUUUCAGACAAAGUAGGAAAUGGGAAGAGAAAGUUAUUUACUGCUCCUCCUGACGAAAACUCGGAUGAGUCGGCUAGUCAGUCCAAACCGCCAACAUUGCCUACGGGAAGUAAUGAAAACGAAGAGGCUGUUAUCCUCGAGACAAAGGAUCUAAAAAGAAGCAUAAGAAGUCUAAGCAUUAAUUUACGGUUAUUACAGUUUGCAAAUACGUUGGUUUUUGUGUUGUUGUGUUGUUAG